AUGGUCUCCUUUUCUUCCCUGGCCUUUGGCCUCUCCACUAUCCUGGUAGCCCAGGGCCUUCCUAGUGACGUGUCUAGAGAUAUGUCUAAGCGCCAGACGAUCACUACCAGCCAGACUGGCACUAAUAACGGUUACUACUAUUCCUUCUGGACUAAUGGAGAUGGCACUGUAGACUACACCAAUGGUGCUGGUGGUGAAUACAGCGUCACUUGGUCCAACGCCAACGGCGGUGACUUUACCUGUGGAAAAGGCUGGAAUCCAGGCAGCGCGCAGGAUAUCUCAUUUUCCGGUACCUUCAGUCCAAAUGGAAAUGCCUACCUGGCCGUCUAUGGCUGGACCACUAGCCCCCUGAUUGAGUACUACAUCAUGGAAAGCUACGGAGACUACGACCCGGGCUCUAGCAUGACCCACAUGGGAACCGUCAACAGCGAUGGCGCUACGUAUGACAUCUACACCCACCAACAGGUCAACCAGCCCUCAAUCAGCGGCACGGCCACCUUCAACCAGUACUGGUCGAUCCGUCAAAGCAAGAGAUCCAGCGGUACCGUCACCACAGCUAACCACUUCAAUGCAUGGGCCGCACUUGGCAUGAAUAUGGGCGCAUUCAACUAUCAGAUCUUGGUCACUGAGGGUUAUGAGAGUAGCGGCUCUUCUUCUAUUACCGUAUCGUCUGGUGGAUCUUCUUCUGGUGGUGGUGGUGGUGGUGGCAGUGGUAGCACUACUACUACUACCACUACCGCUUCUGGUAGCACUUCUACUGGCAGUUGCUCUGCUCUAUACGGCCAAUGCGGUGGCACUGGGUGGACUGGAGCAACCUGCUGUGCCUCUGGCACUUGCAAGUACGGAAAUGCGUACUACUCGCAGUGUCUUUGA